AUGUGCUCUUUAUCACUACGGCUUAUAUUGAUUCACAGGCCUGCUAUUAUUUAUCGAAGACAAAUUUCAUCACAUUUAAGAUGCUAUGCGAUCCCGGUUGGUAAAGAAAGCACAAAUGAUAAUAUUGAUCCGGAGCUUUUGAAACUCCUGCACUCAUAUCCAAUGCGUCGAGAUGCUUCUCCAUAUGAAGUGAUGGGAUUUGGAUCUGACCGGACUAUAAACACGUCUACAAUCAAGAAACGAUUUCAUAAACUUGCCCGUAUUUAUCAUCCGGAUUCCACCACUAUGGACGGAUGUUCGUUAUGCAAGCGUACAUUUUUUACGACUAAUAAUGGACAAAAAUCUGGAACCGAUAGGCUAACACAAGAGAUCAAGACAAAGAGGUUCAAAAAAAUAAUGGUGGCUUAUGCUCUACUUAAAAAUCCACUAACAAGAUCAAAUUAUGACAAUUAUCAAGUUGGCUGGGAAGAUAAUUCUCGUACGGUUGAUCAGUCGAAUCCGAACUUUCACAGUCCAAACAAGGUUUACUACGAUCAUAUGUACGAAAGAUAUAGAAGAUAUGGCCACAGUAGGACAGGAACAUGGGAAGACCAUUGGGAUCCUUAUGAUAGGGCUCAUGAAUUUAGGGAUGAUAGUACAACAUGGGAAGCUGGAGGGGGGACAUUUGGUGAACAGUUUCGGAAAAAUAGGACUAGCAUUCUAAUCUCAAUUGCACUCUUUUUGAGUGCUUAUGGAGCCCUUCAAGCAAUACAUACGUAUUUAUUUGACGAUUUGAUAGGUGAGGACUAUACACAAACAUACUCUUCAGAUGAAAUCGAUGAAGAGUGCAAGGCAAACUUAGUUAAUGCACAUGUUAAUUUUGGUUUUAGGGAUACAAAAGAAGAUAGAAUUAACCGUUUUCUAUGGUUCAGGGAGAUCAGUAUGCUUCUUAGAAUUGGGGAUUUUCGACAGGUCAUGAAUUACAUGAAGAGAAAAGAUUUACUGAGAGAGGAUGAAAAGACAGGUCAGGUACUUCUAGUUAAGUAUAACAACAAUGAAUUAAUGAAUCAGAAGGAGGCACACAAAAAACCUUGUCAUGAGUCCUACGGAACAUCACGGACACAGUCACACUCUUCGUCUGCAGAAUAG